AAAUAGGUACAUUCACAUGAAAUAGGUAUGUCGCAGUGCAUAGUACGCAAAUAGAUCGUGGAUCAAGAUCACAACGAUCGAAUCUUUUCGAUAAUUCCGAGUAUAGAGGAUGUCGGAAUCUCACGCAAUUUUCUUUCGCAAUGAUGCACUACCAUUUUCGUACGGGAUCUGCGGAAGAAGUUAUUUAUUGCCGCAGGCUGCAGGAUUUUCAUUGUGGGCACAGGAUUUGGAAACGUUGCGACGUCUUUCGCGUGAUGAACCAAUUAGCGAGCUCAAAAAUUCUUAUCCAUUUCUACAAUAUUCUGCAAUCCUAUUUCUGCAUAUGCCUAGUGCAUAAAUUAACCGAAGACAACCACUUGCGGGAAAUGGUCGGAACAAUUCCCUCCUCGAGGUCGUAAAUUAGUCUUAUCGGUGAGAGGCGAUGAAAUAGAUCGAUGGUAAAUCAAAGGCGAGCAUGCACUUGUAUACACAGCUAACACAUAAACACGUAUGUGUACAUGCAUCCUACCGGAAUCGAUUUUCUCGCGGAAACCGCGGAAACUAUGAAAACUACGAAAACGGUGAAGAGAAGAGAGGCGCAGAGAUUUCACGAUGAAGAUGCUGAUAGGGGACGUAGAUAACCGAGCCGUGUUUGUCGAGCACACAACGGUGCUCUCGCACAACAUGCGGUCACACGUACGAGACAAUACAUGCUUGGAUCAAAAGAUAAGCAGGAUAGAUUCGAUUCGUUUGGUAGCCGAGCGGAUACCGAUCGGUAUAAAUUGGAGGUGGUGUCGUCGAUCGGUGACGGUAAAGGUGAAAGACUAUGGUGAAUCGAUCGUUAGACGAGUCGUUAGAGGGAACAAUUGGACGGUAGGUCGUACGAUACCCGUACCGCGGAUCUCAAGUUUCAAGAUCGAUUGAAAGGGGUUGCAUCUGGCGCGUACCGCGAUUAUCGUAAAGAAAAGGAAAGCAUGGCACAGACGAAGGACGAUAUCGAGCCGGGGAAGCUGCGACAGCUUUUCGUAGCGAUCAUGGUGAACGUUGCGACGCUGACGUACGGAAUAUCGGUCGGCUGGCAGUCCCCGAUGAUGCCGGUGUUGCAGAGCAAGGAUCCGCCGGUAGGCGAAGAACCGAUGACGAACGAAAUCGCGUCCUGGUUGACCGCGAUCUUGUGCGUGGCGGCUGCGUUCACCACCCUAACGGUUGGCAAGAUAACGGAGCGGUACGGCUGCAAAGUUACAGGGUGUUUGGCCAUGGUACCCUGUCUUGUCGCCUGGCUGGUCACAAUGUUCGCCACCCAGCAGUGGCACCUCUUGCUGGCCCGGUUCUUCGCCGGCGUGAGCGGCGCGAUGACCUUGUUCGUGAUACCGCGCUACGUUUCCGAGAUGUGCUGCGACGCGAUACGCGGGAUGCUGGGUAGCCUGUUGUCAUUGAUCUUGAACAGCGGCAUCCUCUUCACCUACAUCCUCGGCGGGAUGCUGUCGUUCCACGUGUUCCCCAUCUUUGCGUUCGUUGUGCCGCUUGUAGCGUUCGUGAUCUUCCUGCUGGUGCCGGAAUCGCCGAUGUACCUCGUGCGGCGCCGUCGGCUUCUGGAAGCCAUGAGAUCGGUGAGAUGGUUCAGGGCGGGCCACGAGCCAACGGUGCAACGGGAAAUGUUGCGGCUGCAGGUGGAAGCGAAGGAGCUCGACUCGGAGAGGUCGUUCCGGGUGUCGGACCUGUUCCGAGACAGGGCGACGAUCAAGGGGUUGGUGAUCUCGAUGGGUCUGUUCGGAGGUCAACAGUUAUGUGGAAUAUUUGCCAUGAUAAGCUACACGGAAACGAUAUUCGGAAUAUCUGGAAGCUCGUUGUCGCCCAACGCAUCGGCGAUCAUCGUCGGUGUCAUACAACUGGUUGGCUCGUUCCUGUCCACCUCGCUGAUGGAAAGACUUGGCAGGAGGCCGUUGCUGCUGAUAUCGAGCGGAGGAAUGUGCCUCUGUCACUACACGCUCGGGCUGUUUUGCUACGCGCAGAUGCUUCGAUACGACGUCAACGCUGUCAAUUGGAUCCCGAUCGUGGCCCUGUCCGUCUAUGUGAUCGUAUACAACUUGGGCUUCGGCCCGGGCCCCUACGUCGUUUCCGCCGAGAUUCUCAGCCGGGACGUGUACGCCCCGAUCAUGACGCUGGGUCUGUUCACCGUUUGGACCACCGCGUUCCUCGUGCUCAAAUUCUUCUCGAGCGUCGUCGACCUGCUGGGCAUGCACGGAUGCUUCUUCCUGUUGGGCACCAUAUGCAUCUUUCUGUUCGCGUUCAUUUUCGUUUUGAUCCCGGAAACGAAGGGACUGCCGCUUCGCAUAAUCUUGGACAAGCUCAACGGACGAGCGUCCCGCGAGUUCGACGUCAAGGGACGCGUCUCGUCCAAAGGGAGCGUCCAGAAGAAUAUACCGAUGCCGGAACAGGUGUAACGAACCGGAUUCAUCCGCCUGUCUGUUUACGCGAUCGAUCGCGCUCGAUUAGAAUCGAUACCGUCGA